CUGGACUGAGGUGAAACCCGCCCUGAGGCUUUGGGAUUCCGCCGAAGCUCUCAGCAGGCUGACUGAAUAAAGAACAAGGUUGGAGUGGGAAAAGAGAGGGAAACUUUUUGUUUGCCAAUUUACAAGAAGUUGGACAAUGGCAUCUGUCAAGAAGAUGGACAUCAUCAAUGUCACCGCCUUGCCAAUGAUAGCAGUGGACGAGCGCCUGGUGGUCUCUGUCAAUGCACGGAAAAUACUGGAGAGUGCUUUGAGGAAGCAGUUGCAAGACCAUCCACCCACAUGCAUUGUUGGCUCCAUGAGCCAGGUGAACCAGAAGAUUACUGAAAUAGACCUGGGUCCCAGCCUGUUGACCAGCACCUUGGCAAUUGAGGAAUAUGAGUUGGAGAAGAUGUCUUUAAAAGAGAAAACUCACGGCAGCCUGGGAGACAGAGUCAAGCGAACAAAGGAAGAGUCACCAAUAUCAUGCAAAGGCUCAGAGCUCCGGAAUGCCAAGUUGAUCCUGACAAAACGGAAAACAGCAGAUAAGAAUCUGCUGGCAGAGCUACACCAACACCCACAGUUUGAUGAAACUAGACCCAACAAGCUUCCCAAUGGUGUGGACUUCUGUGACAUGGUGGGCAAUGUGAUCCGGUCUGAGAAAAACCCUCUUAGUGGCAAGUCUUACUGUUCAGAUAGAGAAUUAGAGAAGUUUCUGUCUUCUCCCUCCCUCAGUGCCAUCUGGCUGGACAGCUUUUGGUGGAUAUUUCAUGAACGGUACAAGCCAAACAAGGAGAUCCAGAGCAAGCUGUUCGACCGAAUAGCCCGAAAUUAUGCCUGCCUGUUGUUCAAAACAGUGCGGUCCCACUAUGAAGAGGCACUCAUAAAAAAGCUCCCGUCGCUUCUGAGCAAAGCCCUAUACACUAGCUUCUGUUGCUGCUUCCCCCAGUCUUGGUUCAACACCCAUGAAUUCAAGUCAGAAAUUUGUAACACCAUGGACCUGUGGAUCUCAGGGACAUAUCCUUGCCCACAGAGCUAUGACAGUUGGGACUACUCAGAACUGGAUCCAGAGAGAUUCCGGAGAGAAGAAUUAAUGUUGCAGAGCAGUCGACUUAUAAGGGGAAGAGAGUUCACCCUCUUCACGUGUAAGAAAACCUCCAUCCAGAAGGUGGAGCAGAACAAAAACAAGAAAUUCCAUCCCCUUCAGUCUUCUAGUUUAUAUGCAUCCCACGAGAGAAGCUUUUCAAGGAGGCUGACCUCAGAGGAAAGCUCACGAUGCCAGCACACCACAAAAGAUCACCCUGUGUCAACCCUGUUCUCCAGGAAAGCCACACAGCAAGUCAAGAGAAUAUCGGAAGCCAGAGCAUGUGUGAGUUUGUUUCUGAAAAAGUCCCACCCUGCCUGCAAAAGCCCCAAGCUGACUUCAAACCAAUUCAAUCUUUAUGGGAACAGCCCGCUGAUCGUAUACUUCUUCCUCAACUAUUCCAAGCUGCAGCAGCAUGGCCAGGAUGUCCUGGUCAGCAGGAGAGAAAAGACCAAAGUCGUCCCUGACUCUGCCAUGACCUAUGCUGACAUCAUCUACCUGGUCACGAAGAACAUGGAGACACGAAGAAGGAAGCUCAGGCAGCUGUACCAGCUACAUGAGAGCGAGUGGACCUACUUUAACAACUACCUAACAGAGCUGCAAGAGAACUUCAACAGGGAGGUGAAUAUUAUAGAUAAAAAAGCAGCAGAAAAUAGAAAGGCCAACCAUGCCUUCCUCUCGCCCUCGUUACUGUUUGAUGACUUGUUCGACAAGAAAUUCAGAGGAAGCCCCUACAAGGAAACGGCGUUUCUCUCAAGGAAGAAAAAGAAGGAGGUAGAAGAGAAACGGAAGAUUCUCCAGUCCUCUUUCUCAUUCCGAAACCCUGUGGAUAACUAUUCCCUGGGCCUAAAAAGCCCCUACAGAAUCGGUUCUAUUUCCAGUACCAGUGAGCACAUCGACAGUGUGUCCAAAGUGACACAUGAGGCGCUCUUUAGACUCUCACCAUCUUCCAUGGAAUGAACUCACCCAAGAGCAGGCUCAGACUGCAGAGGUGGUGCCUGCAUAUGUUGUCAGAUGUGAUAGAGAACGGAAGCAGCGAUGGCAAGUGAGAGCACUACUGCAGCGAGGGGACCCUGAGUCUUCCCAGUCCAUGGGAUAAAGAGUAUUAAAGUUAUAUCUACCACGAGCCAAAGUUAGGGCUGGGAGAAGAUGAUUCAUCUCACCCAUUUACUAACUCGUUCUUUCAUUCACUUAAUAACAGGAG